AUGUCGGAGCCCUCGCCGCGUCCGACCAAGAGAAUGCGCAAGGGCACCCGCAGCUGCCUGGAAUGCCGCAAACGCAAGGUCCGAUGCACAUUCGACCACCAUCAUGGCCAGGCCCCCUGCGAUGCCUGUAUCGAUCGACAGACGACAUGUCAACGCCAAGAACAUGUCCCUGCGGCAGAGGCGAGCGAUCCUUCAGACAGCAUUAGUCAUCGAGUAGGGCGACUCGAGGCUGCCGUGGAGAGUCUCAGCGAUACUGUCGCCUGGAUGCAGACCACUCGGCCAAGUGGACCCUGCGAAAGCGCUGAUUCUGGCAAAUACUCACAUGUCGCGAAUCCCGAUACCCGCGGAGAUCAGGAAUCGAGGGCUAUCCUCAACGGCGAAGCUGUUAUUACUCCGGGGGCCUUCGGCAAUGACCACAACCGCAAUGCAAACGAGACCGGCGAUGAUGCUCCGCCCGUCGGCACGGAACCUGCUUAUUUGCACUCGCUGUUCAACAAUCACGUUCUAUCAACUGCGGAACGAGCGGGACAAGAGCAUCCUCUUCCUCCGAAUACCGAGUCCCGAGAGUCGAUCUGGGCUGAGAAGGGUUCUGCGGACCUGUCCGCUCAAGUGCCGUGCUUGGCCGAUGUGCGUGUCGUGGUGGCGUCCGCCGCCGAUUGGUGGACGAUUCACAAUGCCGUACUGAGUCCGCUGUCCGUCGACAGCAAGCAGGCUUUGAUCGAUGCCCACCCACACCACCUGACGCCCGCGCCUUCCCCGACAAAAGUUGCCAUGUGGUUGGUAUAUUUUGCCAUCACGCUACUGCAAUUGCCGCAGGACUUCGACUCCACAAGGUUGGGGUCAAUCAAGGACCCGCACGGACUUGUGCAGCGCAUCUUCACGCACGUGGAUGAUUUUCUCUCUGCUGACUCGCCCUUGCAGGCUCGCGAUGGCAUUGAGUGUGCCAUUGUGCUUGCCAAGCUUGCAAGUUACUUGGGUCGCCCAAGAAAAGCAUGGUUACUUACACGUAGAGCUGUUACUUUUGCGCAGUUGCUAAACCUGGAUCGGGCACGGCGACAAUUUAGGAACGUCCAGGCUUCGGGCAGUAUUGAUUCACUCGCGGGUCAGCACCUGGAAGCAAGCGCAACAGUAUGGGAGUCUCUGAGCGGGCUGGACCGCUUCCUCUCCUUGCUCUUGCAUCUCCCUGCUGCAGCUCCCAGCACUCUGUCCAAGCGCGAGCAGACCGACCGUCGCGGCUCUCAGAACGUCCUCCAGCAUAUGAUGAGCGAACAGUCUCAUAUUGCGAAUCGCAUUUGCUACCGGGAUCAGCUUGAUUCGGAGAGUGAUGCUGAAGAUGAGACGACGAGAAUCAUCGAAGAUCUCUCAAAGCUAGAGCAGACUCAGACGGACACCUGGUGGAAACUCGAUCGCUCAGACAUUCACGACAUAUCCACUGCAACGCCUGUGUUGUUGCAGAUGGCCCAUUACUACAUAAAAAUACGGGCAAACCUCCCAUACUUGUUCCGAGCCAAGGACAAUGCAAAGUUUCGAACCAACGCCUGGGCGUGCAUGCAAGCUUGCAGAGAUGUCCUUCGCCGAUACUUCGCUGUCCGCACUCGAUUGGCUGAAGGUGUUUUCUUGUCGCGCGCAUGCGAGAUUCAGGUCUUCCUAGCAUGCGUCAUUUUACUUUUGCAUCGAGACCGUUCUUCGGAGUAUCUACCGCCCACUGACAGCUGGGAAUCUGACGCCACUCUCCUGAACAAUACCAAAAUCGCCAUUGGCAAAGCUGCGGCCGGGACUUCUGACUCAUUCACUGAGAUGCUCAUUUCGGCGCUUGAUCAGAUCGAGCACUGUCUGGAUGCUGUCGAUGGAUCGAGAGUCGUGCAACUUCGAGUGCCUCUUCUGGGUACCAUCUCUAUCUCCAGAAGUGCGACCAACUUCCCUCCUCUCGAGAACCCGACUGUUCCCUUUUGGGCUAUUCCUCCCAUUAUGUCGUCUGAGACUCUCGGGAUUGAUGAAGGAAUAUGGGAUUGGCCGACCGACUUAAACACAUUGGACGAUGAGCUCUCGUUCUGGGCUGUGGACACUUCUCUCUCAGGCAACCCUUCCAACUUUUAG